AUGCUGGCGGCGGAGGCGGGUACGACACCGGAUAUGAAGGCGGCGGUGGUGGAUACGGUGGUGGCGAUGCUGGCGGCGGAGGCGGGUACGACACCGGAUAUGAAGGCGGCGGUGGUGGAUACGGUGGUGGCGAUGCUGGCGGCGGAGGCGGGUACGACACCGGAUAUGAAGGCGGCGGUGGUGGAUAUGGUGGUGGCGAUGCUGGCGGCGGAGGCGGGUACGACACCGGAUAUGAAGGCGGCGGUGGUGGAUACGGUGGUGGCGAUGCUGGCGGCGGAGGCGGGUACGACACCGGAUAUGAAGGCGGCGGUGGUGGAUAUGGUGGUGGCGAUGCUGGCGGCGGAGGCGGGUACGACACCGGAUAUGAAGGCGGCGGUGGUGGAUACGGUGGUGGCGAUGCUGGCGGCGGAGGCGGGUACGACACCGGAUAUGAAGGCGGCGGUGGUUGAUAUGGUGGUGGCGAUGCUGGCGGUGGAGGCGGGUACGACACCGGAUAUGAAGGCGGCGGUGGUGGAUACGGUGGUGGCGAUGCUGGCGGCGGAGGCGGGUACGACACCGGAUAUGAAGGCGGCGGUGGUGGAUACGGUGGUGGCGAUGCUGGCGGCGGAGGCGGGUACGACACCGGAUAUGAAGGCGGCGGUGGUGGAUACGGUGGUGGCGAUGCUGGCGGCGGAGGCGGGUACGACACCGGAUAUGAAGGCGGCGGUGGUGGAUACGGUGGUGGCGAUGCUGGCGGCGGAGGCGGGCAACAUUGUCACGGCAUAA